CUCUAGAUGAGCCAGUGGAGGGCGGGUGGAGCGUUGAACCGUGAAGAGUGUGGUUGGGCGUAAACAUGUGGACUUAAACUCAGGAGCUCAGGGGUAAUUCAGUGAAAAAGGGGAAUGAGGGGUGCGGUGGGGAGCUCUGUUGCAACAGGGUCCAAUCCCGGCAGGACUACAAAUGCCCGAGCGCAGGCUGGGAACGAGGGGACAGCGGCUGCCUGUCCCCAGAAUAGAAAAUGCAGCUAGGAAGCCCUCUUUGAGUGGACAGUGGAGGAGUGGACUGCCAGGCCAAGCAUCAGGGGCUUCAUACUCAGGGCCGGUUAGAGCCCCUGAGGAUUUAGGAGGAAGGGAAACCAAUGAAAAGCGUGCUGGUGGUAGCUCUCCUUGUCAUUUUCCAGGUAUGCCUGUGUCAAGAUGAGGUCACGGACGAUUACAUCGGAGACAACACCACCGUGGACUACACUCUGUUCGAGUCUUUGUGCUCCAAGAAGGACGUGCGGAACUUUAAAGCCUGGUUCCUCCCUAUCAUGUACUCCAUCAUUUGUUUCGUGGGCCUACUGGGCAAUGGGCUGGUCGUGUUGACCUAUAUCUAUUUCAAGAGGCUCAAGACCAUGACCGAUACCUACCUGCUCAACCUGGCGGUGGCAGACAUCCUCUUCCUCCUGACCCUUCCCUUCUGGGCCUACAGCGCAGCCAAGUCCUGGGUCUUCGGUGUCCACUUUUGCAAGCUCAUCUUUGCCAUCUACAAGAUGAGCUUCUUCAGCGGCAUGCUCCUACUUCUUUGCAUCAGCAUUGACCGCUACGUGGCCAUCGUCCAGGCCGUCUCAGCUCACCGCCACCGUGCCCGCGUCCUCCUCAUCAGCAAGCUGUCCUGUGUGGGCAUCUGGAUACUAGCCACGGUGCUCUCCAUCCCAGAACUCCUGUACAGUGACCUCCAGAGGAGCAGCAGUGAGCAAGCGAUGCGAUGCUCUCUCAUCACAGAGCAUGUGGAGGCCUUUAUCACCAUCCAGGUGGCCCAGAUGGUGAUCGGCUUUCUGGUCCCCCUGCUGGCCAUGAGCUUCUGUUACCUUGUCAUCAUCCGCACCCUGCUCCAGGCACGCAACUUUGAGCGCAACAAGGCCAUCAAGGUGAUCAUCGCUGUGGUCGUGGUCUUCAUAGUCUUCCAGCUGCCCUACAAUGGGGUGGUCCUGGCCCAGACGGUGGCCAACUUCAACAUCACCAGUAGCACCUGUGAGCUCAGUAAGCGGCUCAACAUCGCCUACGACGUCACCUACAGCCUGGCCUGCGUCCGCUGCUGCGUCAACCCUUUCUUGUACGCCUUCAUCGGCGUCAAGUUCCGCAACGAUCUCUUCAAGCUCUUCAAGGACCUGGGCUGCCUCAGCCAGGAGCAGCUCCGGCAGUGGUCUUCCUGUCGGCACAUCCGGCGCUCCUCCAUGAGCGUGGAGGCCGAGACCACCACCACUUUCUCUCCAUAGGCGACUCUUCUGCCUGGACUAGAGGGACCUCUCCCAGGGUCCCUGGGGUGGGGACAGGGAGCAGAUGCAAUGACUCAGGACAUCCCCCUGCCAAAAGCUGCUCAGGGAAAAGCAGCUGUCCCCUCACAGUGCAAGCCCCUGCUCCAGAAGAUAGCUUCACCCCAAUCCCAGCUACCUCAACCAAUGCCGAAGAAAGACAGGGCUGAUAAGCUAACACCAGACAGACAACACUGGGAAACAGAGGCUAUUGUCCCCUAAACCAAAAACUGCAAAUGAAAGUCCAGAAACGGUUCCCACCUGCUGGAGUAAAGGGGCCGAGGAGGGUGAGUGCAAGGGGCAUCGAGUGGCCUGAUGAGUCCUCUGAGUGAACCUUCUUCCGGCCUCCCACAGACUCAAAUGCUCAGACCAGCUCUUCUGAAAACCAGGCCUUGUCUCCAAGACCAGAGAUAAUGGGGAGACUUCUUGGCUUGGUGAGGAAAAGCGGAUAUCGGCUGGUCAAGUGAACUCUCUGAACCCCUCCCUCCAUCGUUUUCUCCACUGUCCUCCAAGCCAGCAGGAAUGGCAGCUGCCACGCUGCCCUAAAAGCACACUCAUCCCCUCACUUGCCGCGUCACCCUCCCAGGCUCUCAACAGGGGAGAGUGUGGUGUUUCCUGCAGGCCAGGCCGGCUGCCUCCGCCUGACCAAAGCCACACUCUGGGCUCCCGAGUGGGGAUGACAUGCACUCAGCUCUUGGCUCCACUGGGAUGGGAGGAGAGGACAAGGGAAAUGUCAGGGGCGGGGAGGGUGACAGUGGCCGCCCAAGGCCCACGAGCUUGUUCUUUGUUCUUUGUCACAGGGACUGAAAACCUCUCCUCAUGUUCUGCUUUCGAUUCGUUAAGAGAGCAACAUUUUACCCACACACAAAUAAAGUUUUCCCUUGAGGAAACAACAGCUUUAAAAGAAAAAGGAAAAAAAAAGUCUCUGGUAAAUGGCAAA